CAGCAGACUCCAAACUUCUCCGUCAGGACUGGAGAGAAGCUGAGCUGUGACACAAACAACAUUUUUUUAUUUUGGAGUGAAGUUUUUCUGCAGCACAUGUCUGUGACACACACGGAUAACACGGAGCAGUUGCAUUUAUUUCAAAAAUGAGCCCGGUUUGGUGUGUUUUGCUCCUCUUUCUGCACUGCGCGGAGCUCCGGUACGCAGCUACGCUGAGGGCGCAGCAGGCGGAGGAUGCUGGCGCACCACCUGCGCGCAGACAGGCGUCUCUCUCUCCGGAGAGGAGCUCUCUGAACGGGUUUCAAAUUUCAGGACUGCCCGGUGUAAAGCGAGUGGCCCGAGGAGCCAAAGAUGGGGGCUUCAGGAAAAAGAACCGGUUCCCGCCAACAGUUUCGGGCCCGCGCCGGUACGACGACCCGAGCGCCUACUUCACCACACCGCGGACUUUCCGCUUCACCUCCGCCCCGGUGGGGAACCACUCGUCCGGCCGCGGCUCGGGGCUCCACAACCCGCUGUUCCCGGUCACCGACGGCUCCUACUGGGCGUACGCAGUCAUGCUGCUCGCGCUCGUCCUGUUCGCCGCGGGCAUCGUUGGCAACCUCGCGCUCAUGUGCAUCGUAUGGCACAACUUCUACCUGAAGAGCGCGUGGAACAGCAUCCUGGCGGGCCUGGCCUUCUGGGAUUUCCUCGUGCUGUUCUUCUGCCUGCCUGUGGUCAUCUUCCACGAGCUCACCUUGAAAAGGUUGCUAGGAGACCUGUCCUGUAGGCUCGUGCCCUACCUGGAGGUGACCUCUUUGGGCGUGGCCACAUUCAGCCUCUGUGCGCUCAGUAUUGAUCGUUUCCAUGCAGCCACAGGCCCUGGGCCUCAUCAGACUCCAAAGGUGGAGUCCUGCCAGUCCAUCCUGUCCAAGCUGUCCGUCAUCUGGGUGGGCUCCAUGGUCCUAGCUGCCCCGGAGCUCCUGCUGUGGCAGCUCCUUCAGGAAACUGUCAGCCUGCCGACGCUUCCCAAUGACCUACAGCAAAGCCAGCACGGAGGCUCACUGAUGGCGGCCUUUAGAGGCCGGACUGAAAGGUUCAAGGUGGAUAUGUGUGUUCGUGAGCCGUCUGUGGAGCUCCCAGAGAGCAUCUACUCUCUGGUGCUGACCUAUCACGAAGCUCGAAUGUGGUGGUUCUUUGGAUGCUACCUUUGUUUGCCACUGCUCUUCACUCUGGCUUGCGAUUUGGUGACAAAGCAGGUGUUAGCACAGCGACUACCACAGAAACCCAGCAGCGAAAAGGUGACUAGCAGGUGCUCCUCCUCCUCUUCGUCUUCGUCUUCCACAAAGAAAAAGCAGCAUGUGAGGGAGCAGAGGCUACGCUCCACUGUGAUGGCACUCACUGUCUUGUACAUCACGUGCAACCUGCCAGAGAGCAUUUGCAACAUCACCCUGGCGUAUAUCUCUGUCCCAAUGACCGCUGCGCUUCCGGCUCUGGUUCUGCCGGCGUUGGGUCUGAUUGGACAGUUUCUGCUGUUCGUGCGCUGCUCUGCGACGCCAGUGAUGCUGCUGUGCCUGUGUCGCUCGCUGGGCCAGGCCUUCAUGGACUGCUGCUGCUGCUGCUGUGAAGAGUGCCUCCCUGAUGGCAACUCCUCUUCAUCUUCCUCUGCCUCAACUGCUGCGACCUCCACCCUCUCCUCACCCACAUCGCCUUCGCCAGUCUCCCUGUUUCCUUCCAGCAAAGAGGAGCCGAUGAAGAGCCUGUUGCCGGCAGAACCAGCAGUCCAUGAGAGAGUGAAAGACUCAUCAGCAGCUAUUGGGACACCCUGCUGAGGCUCAGAACUGUUUGUACAUCACUUUAAAGGGUUAUUUUCGGUUUAAUACAACUUGGUUCUUAAUUGGUAGUUUUGUCCAACAUUUCACAAAGUGACAUUUCAGUUGGGAUAACUAUAGUCAAAAGAAGGAUGAGCACCUGCAUUAAUUUACACUUGGUGACCUCCAUCAACAAAAACAGACAUGACAGAUAUGAUAU